AUGAGCGCCUUUGCUGACCGCAGCCGCGGCGCCGCGCUCCUUGUCCCCUCCCUUGUGCAGUCGGCCGCCACGGCGGCUACGGCGGCGGCGGUGGCGGCUACGGCGGCGGUGGCGGCGGCUACGGCGGCGGCGGUGGCGGUUACGGCGGCGGCGGUUAUGGUGGUGGCGGCUACGGUGGCGGCGGCGGCAAUAACUAUGGCGGUGGCGGCGCCUACGGGGGCGGCGGCUACGGCGCCAGUGCCUGGGACUCGUAAGCGGCGGCCCUGA